AUGAUCAAGUUCAUCCUCAGCAUAAUCUUUGCCUUGGCGCAGGCAGUUCUCCUCAGUGUCGCCACGCCAUUCGACUGCACCAAUUGCAACAACUCCACCAAUUCGACCGCCAACACCACCGAUUCAUACGGUUGCUUCAAAAAGGGCGAGUUGUGGAAAGACUUGGGCACAAACCAGUCAAUCAUUCAGGCCUACGACGAGCAGUGGUGCACUCUGGCCGUUGGGUGCGUGGAGCUCAAUCACAGUGGAAACCGCUGCAUACGCGGGGAUCCAAUCAACCAUGCCUUCAUAUGGAAAUGGCAGGUAACGAAAAUCCCCGAGGGAAAGACUUGCGGCUAUGCUUCUCAUGCCCUGGCGCCGAUGGAGGCGAUAUCAUUGGCGCCACCGUCACUGCCGACCCUCAAGGUUCUUUUUCUUGCCACAGUUGAGCUGGAUUAG